CUGAUAGACCACAGAAUGCCCUUCUAUCCGCACAUCACCUACGAUGACAAGCUCAAAGUGUGGAGUGGAGGCGAAAGAUCAAACUACUUCGCACCUCAUCUCUCCAUUGGGCAGAUCAUAUUCCGGGAGAUGGAAAGGCACCCACAGCUCAUAGCACAGAUAUCAGCCACUGAGAAGACGGCGCUGACCCGUGAGGAGGUGCGUUUCAAUGCGAUGCGAGUGGCUAGCUACAUGCGGGGACUGGGCCUAAAGCAAACGGAUAUUGUGGGCCUCAUGGCCAGGAACACCACGCAUCUGGUGGCCGUGGCCUAUGCCUGCUUCUUCAACGGUGUGCCGUUCCACUCCCUCAACAUCUCCUACGAGCAGGAGACCAUAGAGAAGCUGUUCAGAAUCACCAGACCCCGUCUGAUCUUCUGCGACGGGGACGAGUACGAGAGAGUGCUGGCAGCCACCGAAACCCUCCAGCUGGACUCCACAAUCAUUAGCAUGCGGCAUCACUCGUUGGGCUGCCUUCGCAUUCAGGAUAUCCUGACCACACCCAUUGAGGAUAACUUCCAGCCCUCCCAGCUGGAGCAGGGCCCCGACCAGACCCUGGCCAUUCUCUGCUCCUCAGGGACCACGGGCGUGCCCAAGGCAGUCACUUUCACGAACAGCCAGCAGAUUCUGUGGAGCUGCUCUCCCAUGACGAUCGACGUUGUUCAGUACUCCCACAGCACCCUGGACUGGUUCUCGGGACUCUCCGUUUGCAUCAACGCUGGAGUGUUCAGCACAAGAAGCAUUAUUGCCGACAACCAGUUCGAUCCUGCCUUUCUGUGCCGUAUUAUCGAGGAGCACAGAAUAACCUUCCUGGUGCAGAGUCCUGCCCAACUGGCCAUGCUGGUGAGCUGUCCGGAGUUCGAGGCAUCUGAUCUGUCGAGCAUUCGGCACUACGUUUAUGGAGGCACUAGCUGCUCCGUGGAGAUGCAGCAGCGGAUGCGGAGUCGGCUUCGGCAGGCGGAUUGUCUGGUCUUCAGCUACAACUUGACGGAGAUGAACAGCCUGGGAUGCUUGAACCAUCAUUAUGACGAAAAACCCAACUCCGUGGGCCGCCCGGUAAGAGGAAUCAAAGUGAAGAUAAUCAAUGAAGAGGGCGAGGCCCUGGGUCCGACUGAAAUGGGUGAAGUUUGUUUUAAUAAUGGCCAGCAUUGGUCGGGCUACUACGGGAAUCCGGAGGAGACGCGCCUCAUGAUCGACUCUCAGCAGUGGCUUCACACCGGCGAUCUGGGCUACAUGGACCCGGGCGGCUUUCUAUAUCUCGUGGACCGCAAGAAGGACAUGCUCAAGUACCAAAGCAUCAUGUACUACCCCAGCGAAAUAGAGACAGUGAUCGCGCGGAUGCCCAACGUGGCCGAGGUCUGUGUCUUCGGUGUGUGGGCUGAGGUGAAUGGCGAUGAGGCCGCUGCCUCUGUGGUGAAGAAGCCUGGCACCCAGCUACUAGCUCAGGAUGUUCUGAACUAUGUGAGGGAACAUAUUGAGGCCAAGCAUAAGCAGUUGAAUGCCGGAGCAAUUAUUGUGGAAGAUCUGCUGCGAAGUCCGAAUGGAAAGACGCACCGAAUGGCCACCAAAGCGCACUUUCUGGAGGUUACAAAGAGGCAGAAGACUUAGCCACUUCGGAAUUUGGUUCCUUUGGCUUCUCGGCUCUUGGUUGAUAGCUGAAAAUACACAAAUGAGAGCCCAAUAUUCAUAUAUUCGUACAUUCGUGCUGAUCCCAGGGUUAUAGUAGAACUUGCUGUCAUCUGUUAUUGUUUGGUGCCAUCGUCUGGGUUGUCUGGGGCUUGAUGUGUGCUCGUUUCCAUUCUGGUCUGUUUGGCCUGAGCCCUGCGUUUAAGACGGCUGAAACCAAUCAACCCUGAUGGAACCCCCCGAGCUGUCAGUCGGGCGAAGAGACCUUCACUUUAAAUCGCUCGCCAUUGUGUUUGGUAUUUGGUGUCGUCAUAAAAAUAGAAAUCUCGCUUCAUUUCAUUGCCUUUGUUGCAGCGCCUUGUUGUCGUUACUCCUCCAAUUUGCCCAGUCGACAGCUCCGAACUCCGGGCUGCGGGCUCCGGGCUCCGGGCGGAGUUAUAUGAUAUCCUCGUACGCGGCUGCACAGUGAGUAUUUUUCACCUAAGCUGCGGCCGUUUGUCCGUGUCUGUGUAUGAGUCUGGGCCCGGGCCCGCCUCCGCUGCUGGUCUCCGACCUGUUAGCCGGAUUAGGCCUGACACGGGCAGAAACGAGAGGGAGAACCCACAUGAACAUUUCGGAUGCUCGAAAAUCAGUCAUAAUAUUUCAAAUUUCAUAAAUUGAUGCGUAUCACAUUAGACUGGGUAUGGGAUGGGCCCAGAAUGGGCACAGGAUGGGAAUGGCGGCAGCAGGAGCCGCAGACGACUCCCCUCCUCUCCUCGCUCUCCUCUUGUGGGUGAGCAACC